CAUUAAUACAUAAAUUAUUAAAAUGACUCUAAUAUUACUAUUAAACUUAUACAUGCUAAUAACAUAUGCUAGAGAGGAGGUUAAGCAUAUAGGAUCGCAUAAAUUCAGGUUCAAUGACGAGAUUUUGGAUUUAAGUCGAGAUGUAAACAUAAAUAGAGUUGCUGCUCCUGAUAACCAAUCUAGGGCUAAUAAUAAUUUUAAAAACCCACAGAAAUUAUUUAAAAAGUACUCCCUACUUAAAUUAAAAAAGAUGAACCAAGAUAAUACAAACACACAGUCGAUUGGAUAUACCACUCAGGACUACCCUAACCCUGGCACAAAUCCAAACUUAUGUCUACACAAUUAUUCUACGAAGUCGCAUGUAUGUGAUCCUGAUGGAAUCCUAACUGAGGAGGAGCAGAGAAAUAUGAACCGCAAACUGUCGGACUCAGACUUGGACAUUUUUGUAACCCUUUCGCAGAACAUAUUCGUAGAAACGGGUGUUUCAAAAUCUGAUGCCCAAACUUCAUUUGCCAAUAAAAUUUUAAAGAAAUAUUCUGAAACAUUCCAUUGCGAUUACAACAAGUCGAUACUCCUCAGUUACGUCAAAGAGUUUGAAACACUUAAAAUCGUUUCCGGAGAGGACAUGAUUGGUAAGAAAAUCAAGCCGGAACUCAUUUCUAAACUUGAGGAGGAAUUCCAAGUGAACCAGAAAGAGCUUUACAAGUCGCUUAACGUUGUCAUAGAAAAGAUAAUCGAAAGGAUAAUCAAAACUGAUUUAAUUUUCACGGUGUUAAUUACCACUAUUGUUGUUGCUAUUCUGGUUAUCGGGGGGUUAUUCAUUUUCUAUAAUUGACAUAAUUUACUAUUCGUUGA